AUGUCGAAGAAAAACCGUAAAAGAUCGUUUGAAAUUAAUUUUCCAAUCCCUAACAAGAAAGUGCUUAAGAAUUGGAACGCCUCGUACCUAGACGGUCUAAUUCCGUCGUCGGAGUUUAUCAAGGGAGAUAAGAAAGUUUUUCUUAUUAAGUAUCAAAGGACUGUCGUAAAUACAGAAAUUAGCGAGAGUAUCAUCGUCGGAGCGGAUCCCGCGUGCCGGUCGCCUAGGACGCGACGCGGCGGGGGGCGGGGAGCGCCAGCGUACAGCGUAGACACAGUACCUGAUGCUGUGGGGCUCGGCUGCGGCUUCACACGAGCAACUCAGUUCCUCAACUCACAAUUCCCGUCCGAAGCAACUGGCGUAAGUUAA